AUGGACUCAGACUUCAGCCCGCUCUCCUCCCUCUCCUCCCUCUCCGAUGAUGAGCGCGCCCCCGCGCCGCAGAGGAAGCGGCGGGGCCGCGGGCCCCGGGCCUCCGCCCCGGGGGGGGGCCCUCCGCGCCGCACCCGCCGCCUCAAGGCCAACGACCGCGAGCGCAGCCGCAUGCACAACCUGAACGAGGCGCUGGACCUGCUGCGGGGCGUCCUGCCCGGCCUGCCCGACGACGGCCGCCUCACCAAGAUCGAGACGCUGCGCUUCGCGCACAACUACAUCUGGGCGCUGAGCGAGACCAUCCGCAUCGCGGACCUGCAGGGCGGGGGUGGGGGGCCCCUGGGUGCGGGGCUCCUGGGUGCGGGGCUCCAGGACCCCGCCAGGUCCCCGGACGCCCCCGGGACCGGGGGCCCCUGGAGCCCCGCAGGCUCCUGGAGCCCCGCCGGGUCCCCGGAAUACUCCUCCUCCUCCAGCGCCGGCAGCCCCACGCCCGAGCCCCCGGGCCCCGCGGAGGAGAUGAUGCUGCUGCGGGACCCGCGGUUCCUGCGGGGAUUCCUGCCCGCCUCCUGCCUGUACUGACCCGGAGAAAGAACCGGGAUGAGAGAGAGACCCGGGACAGAGACAUAACCUGCAGAGAAAAAACCGGGACAGAGACAGAACCUGCAGAAAUAAACCGGGACAGAGACAGAACCUGCAGAGAAAAAACCGGGGCAGAGACAGAACCUGCAGAAAUAAACCGGGACAGAGACAGAACCUGCAGAGAAAAAACAGAACCGGGUUUGGAGACAGAACUGGGAGACAGAUGAGAGAGAGACAGAACCUGGACUUGAUUCUGCAGCAGAAGGACCGCAGUUUGCCUCAGACCCGGUACCAGUACCAGUACCAGUACCAGUUCCAGUUCCAGUACCGGUGUAACUUAAUUGGGUGAAGUGAAGGAGUUGGUUCCAGACCCACGCACGCCGGACUGCGGAGCGGACCCCUCAACAGAACCCCCCCCCC